AUGCCCAGUGUGCCUCUGCCUAAAAUUGAUCUCAAUUCCUCAACUUUGUCAAUUGGAAAUGUUACAUUGAAUUAUAUUGGAAAUGAGACACUAGAUGAAAAUGUCGGAAAUGAUCAUCUUUGCCUUUUGGCAACCCAAAUGGAAUUAUUGGAGAAGGUAACUGCAUGCGUGCAGGCAAAUUGGCCUCUAUCGCUUGUUGGUCCUUCACACUGUGGUAAACGCUCUAUAAUUAAAAUUCUUGCGGCAUUGAAUGGAAAGCAACUUCACACGAUGCGACUCACUUCGGGAACGGAUGCACUUGAUUUAUUAGGAUCGUUUGAACAAAUUCAGGUUUCCGGAUACUUAUUUUGA